AUGCCAAUAGCAGAUUUACGCCUAGAUUUUCAGCAGCAACUAAGUGACGUUAAGCAGAUUGUGUACGGUGACAGUCUGCAGCCCAAGAUGCUGCAAGGCAAGCCUCUUAAUGGUAGCAUGUUUGCCGGCUUAUUACAGGCCUACGUAGCCGCAAUUAACAGUGGUGGCGUUCCAGUCAUCAUGUCUGCGUGGGAAGGUGUAACCGCGAGCGAGUCCCGCAAGGCAAUGACGACCGCUGCUGAAGCGUUUAGGAAGAGUCUCAGCGCUCUGGAGCUGCCUCUUGACGAUGAAGACCUCGUGGAAGCGAUUAAGGAUGCCGAAGAGCAAGCUGUGGCACAGUACCGUGCUGCUGCGCUUGGAGCUAGUGCGUCGAAGCUGGAGGUAGACCUGUGCAAGCGUAUGGAAGACGACAAGGCUGCUUGUACACGGAACAAUGCAGCCCAGAGCAAGGAGAUGUGCGAACGUUUGCUGCAAGUGCUUUACGCCGACCAGAUUCAGCCAAAGCUGACCUCUGCCAAUGACAACGACUCAGGCGGCUUUGCUGACAUGCAACAGUUCUCGCGCGAGUGGCUGGCAUUUCGUGACGCCUACUUGAAAAAGGCUCGUGGCGGAGCCAAACUUGAGUGUUUGUUAACUUUCUCAGAGGCCAAGUAUGCCGAGGCCAUGCGCAUUAUGUUGAGCCGACAGGAGGAAGGCUAUGAGAAGAAAAUAAGAACGCUGCAGGGAGAUGUAUCGAAAGUAAAGGAGGAACUGGGAAGCGUUGGUGGGCGCGAGCAAAUUUACAAGGAGCAGAUCGAGCAGAUGCAGCUGCAAUCGUCGCAGAUUAUGUCCGAGAAGGUGCGGUUCGAGGCGGAGUCUCAGGCUCAACGUGAACGCAUUGCCGACCUGGAGAGUUUGCUGCAAGAUGAAACAGCUACGAAGCAGCAUGUAAACACCGAGCGCAAAAAAUCCACGGGUUUAAAGCUCACAGGCGAGAUAGAGAUCAACAGUGAGCUGGCUCGCAUAAAAUCCGAGUACGAGCGUGUAGUUCAGGAGAAGGAGCGUCAAGAGAUGGAGCUUAAUCUGCUGAGCGAAGAGUGUCAACAGCUGCGCAAGGGUCACACUUGCGGCUGUACCAUUUCGUAA